CAACCUGAAUCUGAUGAACAACCUGAAUCUGAAUAGAUAAAACAUGGAGCAAUUCGAGCAAACCGAACGCGAUCUGUUGGAGCUGUCCGACCAAGUAACCACCUUGGGUGAAUUUUUCACAUGGACGCUGCAAUGCGCGGAAUUCAUCGAGCAGCUCGAGACACGUUGUAGUGCUAAACGUCCGCUCUCGAUCGGGCAGAGGCAAUCGUUGUUUGCCAGAAUUGCGCGACUCGAGGGUGUGAAGUUGCGAUUGGAAAGACAAUUUUUCCAUAGCGGUGGUGAUUAUGCGAACGCCGGUACCAGUGGUGACACGCGCACAACAGAACUCGUAUGGCGAGAGAUCGACGCCGCGUUCAAAAAGCGUAUAAUAACCGGUGCGGUAAUUAAUACAGACCAUGUAGAACCGCGAAAGUUUUUGGAAGACGCCUGCAGCGUAGUGUGCAAGCGAGUGCGAGACAGUAUAAAAACACAUAACUGUGUCAAAGUGAACACCGUGUUCAAUGGGGAGUUUGUGGCGGGUGAUAAACGUGACAAUAAGAGUUUUAAUACAAAUAACAUAGAACUCUGUGGUACAUCACACUUGCGCGAAUGGUACGAACUACAUGUUAUCGAGCCCACAGUAGCGAAACUCUAUAUCAUCGAGGGACAGAAGACUUCAAACGUUCUCCCGAUACGGCUUACCGACCGCACGAGUGAUAAAAAAAACAUGUGAAUCUGCUGUACGUGCAGGACCCACGAGACAACAAUGUUGGACAUUUUGCAUGGAAUAAGGAUCUAUCCCGUCUCGUGAGCUCACAAUUGAGCACGCACCAUAGUCGGAAAUACAUUUGCGAUCGAUGUCUUCACUAAUUUUACACAAGCAUGAAAUUGGAAACCCACACCGUGGACUGCCGAGAGGUAAACAAAUG